AUGCGCAUCCUCUUCUUCCUGGUCGGGGCAUUUGCCUCCCCCAUCCUCCUCGAGCCUUAUGCCAGCACAAUGGUGAUCCCCUCGACUGCCGCCGCCACGGCCCGCACCAACAUCGACACCAGCGACACCAGCGGCACCGCCUCAGCCGUCCCGAAGGCGGUCUACAAGCCCCAGAUCGCCUGCAGGGCCAACAACCCCAACACUGACUCCAUCAUCCCCAUUCUCAAUGCCACCGCGACACCCGUUCCCAAGAUCUUCCUCGAGCCCAUCACGACUACGACUGUCUCCACCCAACCCCCCACCCCCCAAUCCUUCUUCACCCUCAUGACCUACAGCGACGCCUCCUUCUGCCUUGGCGCCGACUCAUUCAGAGGCUCUCGCGUACUCCUCCUCCUCUGCUCCGACCGCCGCACCACCAUCCUCCGUACAGGCGAUGGCAUGACUUUCAAAAAAGGCUUCUGCGUCGACGUGACUGACGGACUCGGGGACGAACUACAGGCCUGGACGUGUGUCGAUAAUCUCAACCAGGGCUUCAAGUGGGCGCGGGAGUCGACUACUGUCGCGAUUCGCGACACGAUCACUUGGAGGGGACUUUGCAUGGGUGUCGACGAGGUCGUUGAGGGUGCGAGAGUGCGGAUGAUGCCGUGCGAUGGGGGGAUGAACCAGAUGUGGAUCGGGCUCGACUCGCACGGUUGGUAG